AUUGACGUCUAUCGCCGUCAAUGGCAGUCCAAAAACCAAAUGAAGACAAAUCCGUGAUUUACUGACAACAGGUUUUAUUAUUACACUAAAAAACGUCCACAAGGAGGCGCCAUCAGCCAAGACCACAGAAGAAGACAAGGCGGAUGUGUUGUGAGAGAGUGAAGUUAGUAAACGAGAACCCUAUUAGCUUCCAGGCUAACACCUGACAUGAGACUUAAAAGCUGAACCGCGGUGCAUGACCGGCGGCGAUGUCGUUGAUCGAGGGCGUCGGUGACGAGGUGACGCUGGUGCUGGCGGUGCUGGCGGCAGCGGUGGUGCUACUGCUGGCCUGGACCUCCACCCGAACCUCAGAGCAUCCGCGGGCACCAGUACCUCCCGCCGCCACCGCCCCUCCUCCGACCGCCUCGAGCCCGGACUCUGUCCCAGCCGCCGAAGCCCCGCCCCGAGUUGACGACAAGAGCGACGAGGCGGCGGUGAGCGACGACUCUGAGAGGAACAUGGUGGUCCGACUCAAGUUUCUUAACGACACAGAGAGGACUGCGCACGUCAAACCUCAAGACACCGUCGGAUACAUUAAAAGGACGUACUUCUCGGGGCAGGAGCGCCACGUCCGCCUUAUCUACCAAGGUCAGCUCUUACGGGAUGACGGCGCCACGCUGGAAGCGCUCCACCUGUCGCACAACUGCGUGCUGCACUGCCACAUCUCACAGCACGCGGCGGCGGCGGCGGGCACAGAAGGCGGCGCGGCGGCGGCCGAGCAGGUCCAGGUGGCGCUCAACGUGGGCGGCCUGAUGGUGCCGCUGCUGGUGCUGAUGCUAGCCGUGCUGUGGUAUUGCCAAAUCCAGUACCGCCACCUUUUCACGGCCCCGGCGUCGGCGUCGCUGCUGGGCGUCACCGUCUUCCUCAGCCUGCUGGCCUUCGGAAUCUACCGUCGCUAGAAACUUUUCAUCUCGUGCCUAUUUGGUUUCCGUUUCCGCCACCAGGUGGCCUCCCGUCUGGAUGUUGACGAAAGAAAUUCUAUUAAAUCAUUGACUGUAAAA